AUGGAGAUGGUCUUCAUGGAGGUUAGCCAGGAUGCAGGCAGGGCAGGCUCCAUGAGCACGGAAGUUGGCCAGCUCUUGGGUAAGUCCUGCAUCCACAGUAGCCAGGGGGCAAGUGAUGUGGGGGAUUGUUGGGGGCUUAUCUGGGCCACUCACCAGUGGAUUUGCUUGCUGGGCUUGGUCAUGGUGGCUACCCUUGGGGUGGAGCCCAUUGGGGGGGGGGUCAUUGUUGAGGGCCUGUGGCAAAUGGUGCAGAGUAGGUGGGGGUGGGGGUGUGAACAGCCCCCGGAUGUUGGUGGAGUCCAGGGAUCUGAUGUGUUUCAGGGCUCCCAGCCCGGGUGUGGUGGCGGUACUUGGUGCAUGCUUUGGGAUCUGGUAGGAGUGUUGGGGGCAUUGUUGCCACCUUUUUUGGGAGCUCUCAACCAUGGCUGUGUCUUCAUCCCUGAGGAUGGGGUUGAUUGGGGUUGUUGGUCUGGCUGUGUAUGGGGGAACCACUAUGGUAAGGAGUCUGGUAAGGGUUACACACCAUUAGCAGGGUGCUUCCUUGGCUAUUCAGCCUUGUGGGACAAGUGGUACUGUGUUAUGGGUACCAUGGAUUACAUCCAUUUUAUGGAAGAUCCACCCCCAACUCCUAGUCCCACCAGAUCUCUGCCAGGGGCUUUGUAG